AAAAAACACACCCACUCCCGCUGUCUCUUGCUCUUCCCGCUUAGCACUCCUAAAACAUGAACACCCUUCCCAGGUCUUCUCUCCCUCCCCUGUUCUCUGCCAUCCCUAUCACUCUUCUCCUCCUCUUCCUCCCUCAUUCUCUCUCCUCACCACCCAAUGACACCAAUGCUCUCACUCUCUUCCGCCUCGAGGCCGACACCCACGGCCACCUCCUCUCCAACUGGACAGGCUCUGAUGCCUGCUCCGCCGCCUGGCGGGGCGUCCGCUGCUCCUCCUCCACUCACUCGAGCAGCCGCGUCACUGCUCUCUCCAUCCCUUCCCUCAACCUCCGCGGACCCAUUGACUCUCUCUCUUCCCUGGACCAGCUCCGUCUGCUUGAUCUCCACGAUAACCGGCUAAACGGUACCGUCACCCCCCUCGCCAACUGCACCAACCUCAAGCUCCUCUACCUCGCCGGAAACGACUUCUCCGGCGAGAUCCCGCCGGAGAUAUCCUCUCUCCGGCGCCUCCUCCGUCUUGACAUUUCCGACAACAACAUCCGGGGUGUCAUUCCGGGGGAGGUCCGUGGCCUGAGCCGCCUCCUGACUCUCCGGCUGCAGAGCAACCUGCUUUCUGGCGAGGUGCCGGAUCUCUCGGUGUCACUCAAGAACCUGAAGGAGCUCAACCUGACAAACAACGAACUGUACGGGCAUUUGCCGGAUGGACUACUGAGAAAGUUUGGUGUUCGGAGCUUUGUCGGAAACGAAGGACUAUGUGGAUCGAGCCCAUUAGCAGCUUGCUCGUUAUCUGGGACUUCACCACCAGCUUCUUCCUCUCUCACAGUGCCGUCUAACCCUAGCUCCAUGCCAGAGACACCGGCAAUUGGACCGGGUCAGAAGCAUCGGCAAAAAGGACUGAGCACAGGGGCUAUAGUGGCAAUUGCCCUUGCGAAUUGCGUGGCAUUACUUGUUGUGACAUCUUUUGUGGUUGCUUACUGCUGCUCAAGAGAGCGGAAUUCGAGCUUAAAAGCAAAUGGAGAGAGUACUGGGAAGAGGAGAAGUGGGAGUAGCCAUGGAAGUGAGAAGAGAGUGUAUGCAAGCGGAGGUGCGGAUAGUGAUGGGACAAACGCUACUGACAGGAGCAAGCUCGUGUUCUUCGAGCGGAAGAAGCAGUUUGAACUCGAAGAUUUGCUCAGAGCAUCGGCAGAAAUGCUUGGGAAAGGAAGCUUAGGGACAGUGUACAAGGCUGUGCUUGAUGAUGGAGGUGUCGUGGCCGUUAAGAGACUGAAGGAUGCCAAUCCGUGCAUGAGGAAGGAGUUCGAGCAGUACAUGGACGUUAUUGGGAAGCUUAAGCACCAAAAUGUGGUCAAACUCCGAGCUUAUUACUAUGCCAGAGAAGAAAAGCUCCUGGUAUAUGAUUAUCUCCCGAAUGGAAGCCUGCAGUCACUGCUUCAUGGAAACAGAGGUCCUGGAAGGAUUCCUCUGGAUUGGACCACGAGGAUUAGCUUGGUACUUGGAGCGGCUCGGGGGCUAGCCUGGAUCCACGAAGAGUACAGUGCAGCAAAAAUCCCUCACGGAAACAUCAAGUCUUCCAACAUACUGCUCGACAAGAAUGGCGUUGCUUGUGUCUCCGAUUUUGGGCUCUCACUGCUUCUGAAUCCCGUUCAUGCCAUUGCGAGAUUGGGGGGAUACCGAGCUCCGGAGCAGGCAGAGACCAAGCGGCUCUCUCAAAAAGCCGAUGUCUAUGGCUUUGGCGUCCUGUUACUGGAAGUCCUCACUGGCAGAGCUCCAUCGCAGUAUCCAUCCCCAACACGGCCUCGUGCCGAUGAAGAAGAACAGGCAGUUGAUCUACCCAAAUGGGUGAGAUCUGUGGUGAAGGAGGAGUGGACUGCUGAGGUGUUCGAUCAGGAGCUUCUUCGCUACAAGAACAUCGAAGAGGAACUCGUUUCCAUGCUUCAUGUAGGCUUGGCCUGCGCGGCGGCUCAGCCCGAUAAGAGGCCUUUGAUGGCGGAAGUGGUGAAGAUGAUUGAGGACAUUAGGGUCGAGCAGUCACCAUUAGGAGAAGACUACGACGAGUCGCGAAACUCGCUCUCUCCUUCGCUUGCAACAACCGAAGAUGGGCUUUGAAGAUUCAAAGUGAUGGAUCAGUUAACUGGGUUGUUCCGUGAUUGGCUUCUGUUUGUUUUUUGCAUUGUCUCAUUGCUAUUGCAUGCGGUCUGUCCUGGGUUUAAGUUUGUAAAAUUGGGUUAGCCUAAUGUACUUUUAUUAUUAUCCGUGGGAGAAUUUGGGGAUCUUCACCAAAUUCGACCAAUUUGAUCUACACGGUCAGCUAUUAUUCACUGGAGGAUGCACAUCAGUACUCAGUAGUGUUCCCUUCUGGUCAGAAAGCUUCAUUUCUGUUCUCAAAUUAUGGACUGCACUGAACUCUA